AAGGGCGCGCGCAUGCGCGGCGGAGCCCGGCUCAGCUGUGUCGGAGGCUCCGAACGCCGGGCGGCCGCGGGAGGCGGUGGGCCGGGGCCACCGCUGAGGCCGCCGGUGCCGGCGGGACCCGGCGCUGAGGAGGGGCCAUGAGCUGGUUCAAUGCCUCGCAGUUGUCCAGCUUCGCCAAGCAGGCCCUGUCCCAGGCCCAGAAGUCCAUCGACAGGGUCCUGGACAUCCAGGAGGAAGAGCCGAGCGCUUGGGCCGAGGCCAUCCCGUACGGCGAGCCAGGAAUAAGUCCCUCUGUAAGUGGAGGAUGGGAUACUUCAACCUGGGGAUUGAACUCAAGCUCCGAACCUCAGAGUUCACCAACAGCCUCUCAAGCAAUUACAAAGCCAGUUCGGAGGACUGUAGUAGAUGAGUCUGAAAAUUUCUUCAGUGCCUUUCUCUCUCCAUCGGAUGUGCAGACCAUUCAGAAGAGUCCAGUGGUCUCAAAGCCUCCUGCUAAAUCACAGCGACCAGAAGAAGAAGUGAAAAGCAGUUUACAAGAACCAUCGUCUCCUGGCCAGUCCAGAACUUCUGAGACAGCGGAGUCUGAAGCAACAGACUCUGCGUGUGUUUCGGGAGAGACUCCAGCCGUGGGCACUCCCUCACAUGUCCCUGAAGGCAAGCGUGAAGAAACUGCUAGUAAAGAGUCUGAGGGGAAGAUACCCACCGUGAGAGCAAAGGCGUCUGAAAGCGUAAUUAAGGUAAACACAGCAGAAGAUGUAUCUCCCACAUCCACUCAGUCUCUUACGGCCGAAACGAAGGAUAUGGCUUUGGAGCCUAAAGAACAAAAACACGAAGACAGACAAAGCAACACACCUUCUCCUCCUGUUAGCUCCUUCUCGUCAGGCACUUCCACCACCAGUGACAUUGAAGUUUUAGAUCAUGAAAGUGUAAUAAGUGAGAGCUCAGCUAGUUCAAGGCAAGAGACUUCAGAUGCAAAGUCAAGUCUUCACCUCAUGCAGACCUCAUUUCAGCUUCUCUCUGCAUCUGCUUGUCCUGAGUAUGGCCGCUUAGAUGACUUCCAAAAGCUCAGUGAGAGUUGCUGCUCUUCGGAUGCUUUUGAGAGAAUAGACUCGUUUAGCGUGCAGUCUCUGGAUAGCCGGAGUGUGAGUGAAAUCAACUCGGACGACGAACUGCCGGGUAGAGGCUAUGCUUUAGUACCUGUAGUCGUGAGUCCUUCAGCCCUGAAGACAAAAGUAGUAGAAUCUACCGAGGAAAACAUUGAAGAAGAGGAAGGAAACGAGACAUUAAUUGCACCUUCUGAGGAAGCAGAAUUAGAGGAAAGUGGCCGAAGUGCUACUCCAGUUAACUGUGAACAGCCAGAUACAUUGGCUUCUCCUACACCAGUAAAUGUUGGGCCCUCUGCCUCUGGACCGGCCGCUGAGGACGGUGAAGCUGCUGAAAACCAGCCAAAAGCACCCCAGCUGGAGCAAGGAGAUGUUGGCAAGACAGUUGAAUUUCUGAAUGAGAAGCUAGAAAAGAGGGAGACUCAAUUAUUGUCGCUUAGUAAGGAAAAGGCACUUCUAGAGGAAGCUUAUGAUAACCUGAAGGAUGAAAUGUUCAGAGUAAAAGAAGAAAGUAGUAGCAUUUCUUCCCUGAGAGAUGAGUUUACCCAGAGGAUCGCAGAAGCAGAAAGGAAAGCUCAACUCGCCUGCAAAGAGAGAGAUGCUGCGAAGAAGGAAAUGAAAACCAUGAAGGAAGAACUUGCCUCUAGAUUAAAUAGUAGUCAGACUGCAGACCUUCUGAAGGAGAAGGAUGAGCAGAUUCAAGGCUUAAUGGAAGAAGGAGAAAAACUUUCAAAGCAGCAGCUGCAUAAUUCCAACAUGAUUAAGAAAUUAAGAGCUAAGGAUAAAGACAAUGAAAGUGUUAUUGCAAAGCUGAAGAAAAAAGCUAAGGAGCUGGAAGAGGAGCUACAGCAUUUAAGACAGGUCCUUGAUGGCAAAGAAGAGGUUGAGAAACAACAUAGAGAAAACAUUAAAAAACUAAAUUCUGUAGUAGAACGCCAGGAAAAAGAUCUUGGCCGACUUCAGGUAGACAUGAAUGAACUUGAAGAAAAGAGCCGAAGUACUCAGGCUGCCCUAGACAGUGCCUACAGAGAACUUACUGAUCUUCACAAAGCCAAUGCUGCUAAGGACAGUGAGGUACAGGAAGCUGCUCUGAGGCGUGAGAUGAAAGCUAAAGAAGAACUUUCUGGGGCACUGGAGAAGGCCCAGGAAGAAGCCCGUCAGCAGCAAGAGACUUUAGCACUUCAGGUGGGGGACCUUAGGCUAGCGCUGCAACGGGCAGAGCAAGCAGCUGCCAGGAAAGAGGAUUACUUACGCCAUGAGAUCAGUGAACUUCAGCAGAGACUCCAAGAAGCAGAGAAUCGAAACCAGGAGCUGAGUCAAAGUGUUUCAUCAACAACAAGACCUUUGCUUCGACAGAUAGAAAAUUUACAAGCAACUCUAGGAUCCCAGACAUCGUCAUGGGAGACGCUAGAGAAGAAUCUUUCUGAUCGGCUCGGUGAAUCACAGACCUUGUUGGCUGCAGCAGUUGAAAGAGAACGUGCAGCUACGGAAGAACUCCUAGCCAACAAAAUCCAGAUGUCUUCAGUGGAGUCACAGAAUGCAUUACUACGACAGGAAAACAGUAGACUGCAGGCCCAGCUAGAGUCAGAGAAAAAUAAAUUAAGAAAACUAGAGGAUGAAAAUAGUCGGUACCAGGUUGAAUUAGAAAAUCUAAAAGAUGAAUAUGUAAGAACACUGGAAGAGGCAAGGAAAGAAAAGACACUUUUGAGCAGUCAGUUAGAAAUGGAAAGAAUGAAAGUUGAACAAGAAAGGAAGAAAACCAUUUUCACUCAAGAAACACUAAAAGAAAAGGACCACAAGCCGUUUUCCGUUUCUAGUACUCCCACCAUGUCACGAUCCAGUUCUCUAAGUGGAGUAGAUAUGGCAGGGCUGCAGACAUCCUUCCUAUCUCAGGAUGAGUCUCACGACCAUUCAUUUGGGCCAAUGUCUACGUCAGCCAGUGGAAGCAAUCUUUAUGAAGCUGUAAGGAUGGGAGCCGGAUCAAGCAUUAUCGAAAAUCUUCAGUCUCAGCUAAAGCUGAGGGAAGGAGAAAUUAGUCAUUUACAGCUAGAAAUUAGUAACCUAGAAAAAACUCGAUCCAUAAUGUCCGAAGAGCUAGUUAAAUUAACAAAUCAGAAUGAUGAACUUGAGGAGAAAGUGAAAGAGAUACCCAAGCUUCGAGUUCAGCUGCGAGAUUUGGAUCAAAGAUACAACACUAUUCUGCAGAUGUAUGGAGAAAAAGCAGAAGAAGCAGAGGAACUUCGCCUGGAUCUUGAAGAUGUAAAAAAUAUGUAUAAAACUCAAAUAGAUGAACUUCUAAGACAAAGACUCAGCUAACUUGUGAAGUUUGUGUUCCAUCAAACUAAUGUAAACACUUAUAUAUAAAUGCAGACAUACAAUAAAUUCUUCUGCAGAAUUAGAAACUUGGAUUUGCUGUAGAUUGUAAAAAAAACUUUUUAAAAAUUCUUUUAUAGUACAUAGUAAUAUUUGCAGUUAAAUUAUUUUAUGUAAUAUUUGAAUUUUAUUUUUGAAAUUGUUCUUUAAAAUUUUAUUUUUUAAAGCUUUUUUUUUUCUUUUUUGGUGCCUUGAACAGCACAGAGAUUUAUUACUUUAUCCACUUAUCAGUACAGCUAGGAAAGGAGAUUGGUGUUUCGUAUUAUUGUGGAUACAUAAUUAAUUGUAUUGUAUCUAAUUUGUAUGUGUUUGUACAUAUUGAGAGAUUUACAGAGUAAUGUUAACAUUGAAAUUUUGAAAUCUUUCACAUUGAAAUCUUCAACAUAUUUCUUAAAAAUGUUUUAAACAUUUGAGUAAAAAGGUUAUUAAGCCUAUGACUACUAAAUUAUAAACUAAGGUUUCCCUUUAAAAGCAGAAGUCACACUGACAUGUCUAAAAUUUAAAGAGUAAUUUAAACUUAAAAAAUAUCUGUUUUGAAAAUUUAUUCCAUGUAUCUUCCACAAUGAAGUAUGAACAAAUGUGAAUGCUUUUUGUUACUUAGCCAAAGAAAGCUAUAAAUAUUGACUAGGCUUAAUUGGGUAGUAGGAAAUGUUGCUUAUAAUAAAUUGUGAUAGAUAGCAUCAGUAGCGGAUAACUUUGAAAUAUUUUACUACACUGUUAAAUGAAUCUAACAUAAUAAAAUCAUUAACAAAAUUUACUUUUAAAAUUAGUCAAUUUACUCUUUAAAAAUUACUUGUUUAGUUUUGUACAAUAUUUUCAAACAUUAAAAAUGAAUGUUUUAAAACAAUCUGCAUAGCAAAACAUAAAAGUAAUAGGAGUCCACUUAAAUUGGGGAUUUUGUAAUUUUGUGUAGCUUAACAUUUUUUCCUUGAACCUUUAACAAAUGAAAAUAUAGCAAAGAGUAGUAUAGAAUAACAUCCUUUAGAAUAUAGGUUUUCCCUCUUCCAAAUAUUACUUUGUUUAAAAGUUAAUCAGGUUGUGUUAUAAACCUGUAAAAUAUUUUGAUAGGUUUUAUUACUUAAAAAUUAUUUAAUUGCUUUAUCACAGUCCCUCUUUAUCUGUUCUUUGGCUUUUUGUGGUUCCAGCCAAGGUAAAAAAUAAUCCAAAAAUACAUGGAAAUUCCAGAAAUAGCUGAUAAGUGUUGAGGUAUAUGCUGCUCAGAGCAGCCUGCUGGCAUCUCACUUCUGACUCCGUUGUCCGUCCAUUCCCAGCCCUUAUCAGUCACUGUGCCACCUCAGCUAUUGGUCUACUGUAAUACGGUGGAUGCGCUCAUGUUCAGGUAAUGGCUCCAAGUGAAGAAGCCAGAGGUUAGCCAGAAGUGCUUCCUCUACUGGGAUGAUGAACGUCAACAUUGGCAAUUUUGAUGGAAGUUGGGUAGCUUUUAAUGUUUCAGACAUCCACCUAGGGUCAAAACUGUCUAACCCCCUAUGAGAAGAUAGGACUUCAAGUAAAAACUUAAUUUUAGUUACAUUUUAAACUAUACUCCAGAACACAGCUGUGAGUAUCCAUCUUGCAGAAUGGAGAAUUUUUAGGGAAUAUUCAAGUGACCUUGUGUUUAUCUCGUCGUGUUCCUGUGUUUCUGUUGUGGGAGCUCAGAUCUGUAGCGUGAAUAAAUGUUCUUUUGGUGAAAGUAACAGUCAUAAAAUUAAGUUUCCGUAUUUUAGUGGUAGAAAGAAGCCUCAUAACUUUUUCCUAGCUUUAAAUUGUUUUAAUAUUCAGGGGCAAGAUGAUAAAUCUAAUAGCAAUAAAUAUAUAGAGUUAGAAGAGACAGGAAACCUGAAUUUCAAAAUUCUUGGCAAGCAUUUGAAACUGGUAGUUUGGGAAAUAUAAAAUACUUUUUAAACAAAUAAUUUGGGAAAUGUGGCAGAGAAAAGAUUUUGAAAUUAAAAUUUCCUGUAUUAAAUUCUAAAUGUUAUAAUAUUAACAUUAAAUAUUUUUCUUGGUCCUUAAUAACAUUAAUAAAAUCAGCACACUUAAAACCUUAAAAUGUUUUCAACUUAUUUAUUCAUAAAAUGACAUGCAACCAUUUAUAUUUGCUUCAUCUCUAAAGUAAUAGCUGAUGUUCACACUGCUUUUAUUUUGGCUAGAAUAUAACUUAGACCUUUCAAUACACUUCAAGUUGAUAAGGGGCACUGAAUAAAUUUCUUGUAAAUAACCCAGUAAGUGGCAAAAGACUUAUUAAACAUUGGUUGUUCUUUAAUUAAUUUUGUUAUAUAUUAUUGAAAAUAAUCUACCUAUGUGCUAGUAAAAUAUUCUAAUACAUAAAAUAGUUUGUAAUUAGAUACUUCCAUUCUUGGGGGAAGAUAAAAGAAAAACCCCAGGUACUUGGAGUUAAGAGGGCCAGAUGUUGGAGGUGUCAUACCCUGUGCCUUCCUGGGAGGCCGAGGGGGGACUGCUGCUGCUGGGCCUCUCUUGAGAACACUCUAUAGCAUUUAGCAUGUGGAAUGUACCAAAUCCACGACAUUACAAUUCAGAAUAGUCUAAGUGUGGAUGAUUUCUGACUUAGAAGAUUUUGGGUUUUUGUAGUUAAGUAAAUGUAAAAAAUAUUUAGGAAGUAUUUUUCCCAUCAAUUAUUUCACUAAUUGAAAGUUUGAUUUGGCUUAUUAAAAAGCACAUGAUUUUGGUCUAGAGAGCGCUUGCUGAUCUUCCGGAAGGCCUGGGCUCAAUUCCCAGCACCCAUGUGGUGGCUUACAACCAUCUCUAUCUCCAAUCCCAAGGGAUCCAGCACCCUCUUCCUGUGUCCUCAGACACCAGGCACACAGUAGUGCACAGGCAUAGAUGCAGACAAAACACCCAUCCACAUAAAGUUAAAAAAAAGUUCUAAAUGCACACAACUUGUAGUAUUUAAAAGAAAGCCCCCAAAUUUUAAGAAGUGGGUUUAACAUGUCUUAUUUUACUACUAUUUAGUAUUAUAGACAUGAAUGCUCUAGGGAUCGUUUCUCAUUCUCAUUACAAAAAAGCUGGUCCAUCUUUUCUUAUCCUUGGUAGGUUUAAACUAAAAGAAAAAGCUACAUAUUUUGUACAGGGCUAAAAGUAUGAAUUUAACUAUAGAUUGAUAUUUUAAUUCCAAAUGAAGGUAAUGUAAAAUAAGCAUGGAUCUGAUUUAAAUAAAGAUUUCAAAGUCUGCUCAUAAA